GCCGAUAUGUAUUAAUAACAUAAUAUAUACACAUUCAUUAUUUAGUUGGGCCAUUUAGUUAAUGGUCAGUCAGUCGCUAGCUGUCUGCCGAAAGGAUAGCAACCCAAACCCCCCUCGGGGAAGAAGAAUUCUAAACGCGGCCGCCCCUGCAACGGAUUUUGGCUGGACAAUCGCAACUUAGAAGUGAUCUGUCGAUUUUCAGGACGCAAGUACUUUACGGAUUUCUGGUGGUUUAUCGAAAUUAAGUGCCAUUCAAUUUAUGCAUCGUAUUAAACCUGAGCAAGUGCCAUUGAAUAAGGAUAGAGGAAAGGAUCUACAUGUGAAAUGCUAAUGCUUUAAAGUGCCUUCGUUGCUAAUGCAGCAAACAAAGCAGAAAUUAUCUAAAUAUUGAAGUGUCUGUGCCUGUGAAGGUGUGCCGAAAAAAGGAUCGAAAAUUACUAUCAUUUGGAAUAUAAAACCACGAUUCCCUCCGGGAGAAUGCACUACCUCUGACGAAUCGCUCGAGAAGAAACCGAAAGCGGUUCAGUUUGAAGAUUGUGCAAUUUUGCACUUUCCUGCUUGGUGAAUACUUUGGGCUCUAGGGGGUGUGUGUGUGAGGUGAAGAGAACGCAAAACCGAAUCCAGUGAACAGCGACGACCUGUUGCGAAAGGAUACUACACGGAAUUGCGCUUUGCCGGGAGUUCUAUUGGGGUGCUAAGGUUUGUUUGCUUUUGGCGUUUGUUUGGGCGAAAUCGCGUGCGGUGUGUGUUUGCCAAGUGAGCCCAGGAGACGACUUCGGAUCUGAGGAGACUGCGGCGCACGUGAAUGGGAAACGGCAAAAGAUUAAGAUAAUGCAGGCGAUCAACAGGUGGCUGUUCGAGUAGAACCAGUAGCUCUCUGUAGUGAACGCAUCUGUGAUCGAAACUUCGGCUACUAGUAACUACUAGUGCUAGUAACUCUAAUACUGCCUCGAUUCCGCGGCCAUCACUGGAAGCCAUACACGAAUCGUCACUUUUAUGGAUGCUUGUCGAUAGCACUUAUUACACAGCAAUAUGAGAUAUUUACAAAUUGUAGUAUUUAUAGUAGCGUACCAAAUUAGUUUAUCCAAUUCGAGGCGGUUUGGCACUCGACACAAACGGCAGUAUGGCAGCAAUCUAUAUUUACCAGAGAGUUAUAUAGUGCCGGGUGGCGAGGACGCACCGGAUGACCAUUGGGGCCCCUGGAGUGCCCCGUCCGAGUGUUCGCGCAGCUGCGGUGGCGGAGUGGCCCACCAGACGCGGGAGUGUUUGCUGGACACGAGUCCAGAAGGUCCGUCACGAUGCCAAGGAGGAAGCCGAAAGUAUUUCUCCUGCAACAUUCAGGACUGCCCGGAAGGCGAACCGGACUUCCGCAAGCAGCAGUGUUCCGAGUACAACAGUGUCCCCUUCGACGGGCAUCGGUAUCAGUGGGUACCGUACACGAAGGCGCCAAAUCCUUGCGAGCUCAACUGCAUGCCGAUUGGGGAACGGUUCUACUAUCGCCACAAGGCAAAGGUCACUGACGGAACUCGGUGCAACGAUGAGCGGUUCGACGUAUGCGUGGCUGGAACCUGCCAAGCGGUAGGCUGUGACAUGAUGCUCGGAUCUAACGCGAAGGAAGACAAAUGUCGAAUCUGUCAGGGUGAUGGCAGUGGAUGCAAAACCGCUUCUGGUCUGCUGGACGCAAACAAUCUCCAGGUUGGUUACAACGAUCUUCUGCUGAUCCCAGCAGGAGCAACGAACAUUGCCAUCAAGGAGCGAGGACCAUCGAACAAUUAUCUGGCUAUUCGCAACCUAACCGGAUUUUAUCAUCUGAACGGCAACUACCGAAUCGAUUUCCCCCGUGUGAUUCCCUUUGCCGGUAGCGAUUGGCACUACGAACGGAAACCGCAAGGAUUCGCUGCACCGGAUAAGCUAACCUGUUUGGGGCCAACAUCGGAAUCCGUGUACUUGGUUCUGUUGUCACAAGAUCGCAACGUUGGUGUGACCUACGAAUACAGCAUUGCAUCCAAAGCCGCCCCAAUUGAUGAACCGGAUAGUUACUCCUGGACGUACACUCCGUUUGGUGAUUGUAGUGUAGCGUGUGGGGGUGGAGUCCAAUAUCGGAACGUGACAUGCAAUAGCCGCUCCACACUGAAGCAGGUAGAGGAGAGUCUGUGUGAUGCUGCAUCGAAACCUUUGGAAUCACAACGAUGCGCACAGGAAGCUUGUCCACCGAAAUGGCUCGAAGGUCCUUGGGGAAAUUGUUCGCUACCGUGCGGUAAUGAGGGCAAGCAAACGCGAGAUGUACACUGUCAACGGGUUUCUGCGGAUGGAGUGCCGGAAACCGUCGAGGACACUGUUUGUUUGGAGCAGGUUGGUAACAAACCGGCAACGGAACAGGAAUGCAACCGCGGUACCGUUUGUCCGGAGUGGCAUGUUGGCAAGUGGACUCCUUGUAAUAAAUUGUGUGGUGAAGGCAAACAAACUAGAACCGCUGUUUGUUUCCGCAAGGAAAACGGGCGAAUUACGGUACUGGACGACAGCGAAUGCAUCACCGAGAAGCCAGAGGUGCAGAAGUCAUGUAUGCUGAGACCAUGUGAGGGCGUAGAUUAUAUAACUUCUUCCUGGAGUGGGUGCGACGAAUGCGGAACGACGGUAGAAACUCGAACAGUAUAUUGUGCAUCCAAAGCUGGAACCGUUUAUGAUAACAAGUUUUGCGCCAAUCGAGAGCUGCCUGAGUUGAAGCGCGAGUGUACAGCCGUUCCAUGCGAAUAUCAGUGGUUUUCCUCGCAGUGGAGUAAAUGUUCGGCAGUGUGCGGAAAAGGUGUUCAGACACGAACGGUCGUGUGUGGCGUCUUCGACGGUCAGUCGCUGAAGCGAGCGGACGACGACUAUAAGUGCGAUAUAAAGUUGAAACCGAAGGCGGAACGGGAGUGCGAUGGCCCCGAGGAAUGCCCCGGUCAGUGGUUCACUGGUCCUUGGACGGAUUGUUCGAAGGACUGUGGCGGAGGGUUCAAGUCACGAAAAGUGUUGUGCAUUGCGAACGGAACCGUGGUUGCGGAAACGAGCUGCAAAGUGGACACGAUUGAAAUGAGCACAGAGUCGUGCAACAGCCACGACUGCACGGACGAUGAAAUCAUUCCGGUAGAUGUCACUAGUAAACCUUUGGAGGAAGACGAUUAUGACGAAGAAGAAUGGUGCGAGGAUGAGGAAGAGGAAGCAACUGAAUCACCGGAUGGUGUUUUGAUGGUUACAGAUGACAGCACUCUGGUUGAUGGCGUUGAUCUAGAAUCUUCCCAGGGAACCACCGAAUCAUCACUGGAAACUGAUGAAAUGAUGCUAAGUGAUGCCACCGGAUUUGAAACGGGUAUUACAGAUACCGAUACCUCAACAGAUGAAUCAACGAUUGAAGGGUCGGGCUAUGACAUUGACGCAAGACUAGGUGAGUCAGCUUCUCUUGCGACGGAUGAAGGCUCCGGGGAAGAUGUUGAAACUUUCUUCUCUUCGAGCCAAGCCCCAUCUGCGGCCGAAACAUUAUCAUCAUCUGCAGGUUCGACAUUAGAAUCGCUUUCUUCACUCAAAGUAUCAGAAGCGGCAUCAGAGAGCUCAACAUCUGCCACAGAGAGUACAAGCUUGGAUUCCUCUUCGGCUUCAACGGUAGAUGCAAUGUCUGUGUCUUCCACUGCUUCGUCACUCUCAUCAGAAGCAUCAACUGAUUCGUCUGUCGCCUCAACAUCUGAUACUUCAGCGAGCACAUCAGACUCCACAUCGGAAAGUUCACCGUCUGAUACUACAGAAACUACCAACGAAAGCUCAACGACUGAACUCUCCUCUACAACAGAUAGUUCCGAAAGUACAUCUCCGGCAUCCAGUUUGCAAACUAGUGACGAAACACUAGACGCUUCAAGUGAACCUUCCACAACAGUUGACUCAAGCUCCAGCCUGGUAACUGACAGUACCACACUUGACACCCAAUCAACCACAGCUUCCGACACAAGCGAAUCAUCCCUAGACAUCACUGAAAGCUCAGAAUCAACCGUGGACAGUUCCAAACUUACUACGGGAGCCGAAACUGAAACAACUCUUACCAAGGAAACCGACUCAACUGCACCUACUGAAUCGACUGUUACCGAAGAGACCGUUCCGACCCAAGAGCCUCCUAGCACCGAGACUUCUCAAACAGAAUCCUCCUUCGGGGAUGUUACCGAUUCUUCAACAAUCGAGAGCACAUCCGAUGGCAUGGAGCUCUCGACUGAAACGUCAACCGAUGUUGAGGCCAGCACUUUCGACAUUUGGUUACGCGGAAAGGAAGACGAUGAUGAAAGCAGCACACCGUACACGCUUACAUCGGUCAUUUCGAAAGAACAGAAACCACGUAAAUGCAAACCUAGACCGAAGACACCGCAAUGUACGAAAUCAAAGUUCGGCUGCUGUUCGGAUGGAAAGACGAAAGCUGCAGGUCCCUUUGACGAGGGCUGUCCGGUACCGGAAACGUGCAAAGAAACUAAGCAUGGGUGCUGUCCGGAUGGUGUUUCACCUGCUAAGGGUCCUAAAAACAAGGGUUGCCCCAAGUCGGAGUGUUCCGAAACACUAUUCGGUUGCUGUCCGGAUAAGAUUACUCCAUCGGAGGGUAAUGACUUUGAGGGUUGUCCAGUGGAAACUACCACUGUCGCAGGCUGUAUGCUCAGCAAGCAUGGUUGUUGUGCGGAUGGUGUUACUGAGGCUAAGGGGGCUAAUUACAAAGGAUGCCCAGGUGUGGUAGAGCCCGUUGAGGAACAAGUUGUUGAUGAAGACACUGAGGUACCGGUGGACGUUGGUGGAUGUGCGGGUACUGCUCAUGGGUGCUGCAGUGACAACGUCACGGCAGCGACUGGCCCGAAUGGGGAAGGAUGUACCAUAUGUGCGAAUGAACCAUUCGGAUGUUGCCCGGAUCAGAAGACUCCAGCGCAUGGACCGAAUCGGGAAGGUUGUUGUCUGGAAACGCCGUAUGGCUGUUGUCCGGAUAACAUCAAUCCAGCACGCGGACCUAGUUUGGAGGGAUGUGGUUGCGAAUAUUCACCCUAUGGAUGCUGUCCAGAUAACACGACUUCGGCCCGAGGUCACGGCAAUAUGGGCUGUGGAUGUCAAUACGCAGAGCAUGGCUGUUGUCCGGAUAAAGAAACGGAUGCUCAGGGGCCCAACUUUGAGGGUUGUCCAUGUCAUGCGUUCCAGUUUGGAUGCUGUCCAGAUGGUGUUACGCCGGCGAAGGGUCCACACAAUCACGGUUGCCACUGUUCGUAUAGCGAGUUUAAAUGUUGCUCGGAUGGACAGACGCCUGCGCAGGGUGAAAACUUUGAGGGCUGCACUUGCGCUACAAGCAAGUAUGGAUGCUGUCCGGAUGGAGUCAAUGAAGCGCAAGGAACGAAAUUCGAAGGAUGCGAGGUGGUACCAGAGUCACCGCAAAAGGCUUGCGUGCUCAAGAAGGACAUGGGACCAUGUCACAACUACACCGUUAAAUACUUCUUCGAUGUGGAAUACGGCGGCUGCGGACGUUUCUGGUAUGGAGGAUGUGAUGGCAAUAAAAACCGGUUCGAUACGACCGAGGAGUGCAGGGAUGUGUGCGAAACACCAGAAGGAAAGGAUAAGUGUCAGUUGCCGAAAAUCAGCGGUCCCUGCACGGGUUACUAUCCCAUGUGGUAUUACGAUGCCGAUCGCAACAUGUGCACACAGUUCACCUACGGAGGCUGUCUUGGAAAUGCCAAUAGAUUUGAAACCGUGGACGAAUGUAAAGCUUCUUGCGUUGUGGACGAAGCCAUGCCACCCUGUGACCAACCAACCGAACGAGGACCUUGCAAUGGAACCUUCGAGCGAUGGUAUUACGACAAAGAGCGUGAUAGCUGCGAACGGUUCCAGUACGGAGGAUGUAAGGGCAACAAAAAUAACUAUCCGACUGAAAGCUCCUGCCACUAUCACUGCAAGAAACCAGGAGUUCACAAGCCGAGCUGCACAUUGCCAAAGGAUGAAGGCAGUUGUGAUGGCAAGCUGGCCCGCUGGCACUUUGCCCGAGAUGAUAAUAAAUGCAUGCCUUACUACUACACCGGUUGUGGUGGCAAUGAAAAUCAGUUUAUAUCGCAGGACCAGUGCGAAGAACAGUGUCCGCCGAAGGUUGAGAAAGACAUCUGCUUCCUGCCGGCAGAAAUUGGUGAAUGCCAGAACUACACUGCCCACUGGUACUUCGAUACGAAGGAAGCUCGAUGCCGACAGUUCUACUACGGAGGUUGCGGUGGCAACGGAAACAACUUUGUCGAUGAACAGUCUUGUACCAAUCGGUGUGUCUAUGGAGGCGAGAAGACAACAGUGGCAGCACCCGUACAACCUACUCCACCGGAGGAACCUAAGCGACCGUCGCAUGAGCAUUUCGAUACCCGGUUUUGCUUCCUGGAGAUGGACUCUGGUGAUCGCGAGUGUUCGAAUUGGGCGCGACGGUUCUUCUAUGACCGUGGCUCGGGAACUUGCAUGGACUUUACGUACACUGGUUGCGGUGGCAACGAGAACAACUUUGCUAGCUUUGAGGAUUGUGAUAGAGCUUGUGGGAGAGCUGAGGAUGGCUGUAGUCUACGACCAGCGUACGGACGUUGCUCGGAGAAUGAAACACGUUGGUACUAUGACCAACGUAAUCAGCGGUGCCACUCGUUCACCUUCAGUGGAUGUCAGGGUAACGCAAAUAAUUUCCUCUCCGAACGGCAGUGUGAAGAGCACUGCAGACCGGCUCCCGCUCCAGCUCCCGUUCCGAGUCCAGCUGCUAACGUUUGUGACGAACCGUAUGAAUAUGGCACCGGAAAUGAUCCAACUAUUGUUUACAUCUAUAACAAGGAGCGAGCAUCAUGCGAACAGAACUACUACAGCGGGGAAGGAGGAAACGGAAAUCGAUUUAGCUCUCAGGAGCAGUGUGAACGACAGUGCGGCGAGUAUCGUGGAGUUGACGUCUGCCAGGAUGCAAAGGAUGCUGGACCGUGCGACGAAACACUGCCGAGGUUCUAUUACGACUCACUAACCCGAGCUUGCCAUCCGUUCAACUACAGUGGCUGCGAAGGUAAUGGAAACCGCUUUACGACCAGUGAGGAAUGUUCCACGACGUGCGUCGACAAACAAGUCGAUAACGAAGUUGAUCCAUGUGAGAGCUACAACGAAGAGUGCCAACAGUUGCACUGUCCGUAUGGAGUGGCCCGGUCGUACGAUGCGCACAAUGAUUGCGAGCGUUGCUCUUGCGAAGAUCCCUGCCAGAAUGAACGCUGUCCACCUGGAACGGAAUGUGCGGUGGAUAUUCAGAGCGACUACAAAGACGGAACCAUUUUCAUUGCAAUCUGCAGACCAACCACAAAGGAGGGAGAAUGUCCGCGGUUGAUAAAUGCCACCGUUUGUCAGGAUGAUUGUCGAACGGAUGCCGAUUGCCGAAACGACAACAAAUGCUGCCAGGCAGGCUGUGCUAAGGUCUGUGUACCUCCAGUGGCUCCACCGGUGGUGGAAGAACAUCGCCCACCGUACGGACCAGGAGCACCCGCUCCACCGAUAUUACAAUCCGUCCCGGAGGAGGAAUUGGACAUCAAAUCCGAAGAGGGCGGAGUAGCCACGCUUAGAUGUUACGCAACAGGCUUCCCGCCUCCUUCAAUUCGGUGGAAGAAGGGAGAGGUUAUACUGAACACCAAUCAAGGACGCUUUGUGCUGACAUCUAGCGGUGAUCUUCAAAUCGUUCAACUGCAUCGUACGGACAGUGGAACCUACGUCUGUAUCGCAGACAAUGGAAUAGGAGAACCCGUUUUCCGAGAAGUUUCGCUUCAAGUCAGAGAUCCCGUCCCACGGGAUGCAUACAUAGCGGGACCGCUCAACGAUACUCAGGUGGUGGAGCUAAAUGAACCGGCUUCGAUCCGCUGUCCGGCUGGUGGCUAUCCCAAGCCGAUCGUAACCUGGUGGCGGGAGACUUUCAUGAUGCCCAUCAAGUUUAUCAAUCGUGACUACUCGCUGCAGUUCACCCGCGUUCGGCUAGCCGAUCUCGGACCGUAUGUCUGUCAAGCUUAUUCCGGGGCCGGCAAAGGGAUUUCCCGAACGGUAACGUUGAAAGCUUAUGGUCCUGUUCAUAUAAUCGAUCCGGUGGAUGAAAAAUUCCUUCGUUAUAUUGAACACACUCGACCCGCUCCUCCUCCAACCUAUCGUCCAGUUGCUCCCCACCAUCCUCGCCCCACGCCUCCUAUCUACCAUACUCCUCCCCCAACGCCGGAGCACAUUCCAGAGCCAGCAAUUUCGCCACUUUACAUCUUCGCAGUACCCGUCUCGGCUAGACAGGAAUUCCCGUAUGGUCACCAGUUCACACCGAACAGUAAUAUCACGAUACGUUGCAUAACCGACGGUUUCCCACGACCCACGGUUAACUGGUUCAAGGAUGGCCGAAUCAUGGAACCAUCGAAUCGGGUCUACAUCGAGGACGACAAUACUCUGCACGUGUUCGGAGUCCUCCCGUCGGAUGCUGGUGCAUACAAGUGUCUCGCACGCAACGAACACUCGGAAGCGUUCGAAGAAAACACGGUUCGGGUGGAAGGAGUUUUCAUACCACCCAACUGCACGGACAACCCAUUCCUGGCCAAGUGUGCAUUGAUUGUGCAGGCCCGCUUCUGUAACCACAAGUACUACGCCAAGUUCUGCUGUAGGUCUUGCACUCUAGCUGGACAGUUGCAUCCUUGAAGGGAUGAACGAAAGGCCCAACAUAAACCAAACAUCGCAAUCGACGAAAAACAAGACGAUACUAGCUACGAACGAUUGACUGUACAAUGCGUGCCUGCGUGAGUGUUUUAGCGGUAGUUUCACCUAAUUUUAAGGUUACCGAUCUAUUUUAACUAUUGACAAGUUUCAGUUCGAGCAAUUUUUCCAAAGUUAAUUAUUAUUAGUCAAUUUUUGAAAAAAAAAACGCACAACCCAAUCCAAGGGUUUUUAUCACUGCUUGUUAGCUUCAGGUUUCAUGCGCCCCUAGAAUCUCAUCUCUCUAGUCUUUGCAGAGGAGAGAACGCUGAAACCAAAUCUUCUAUGAUGUACUUUUUCCCUUCUUUACAAUGCGAGCCAACAGGCUCGAACGCCAAAUAUAAACGAAAACUUUCCAUGUAAUGCAUUUGAAUGUGUGCAGCCUCUAACGAAUAAAAAGUUCAUGUUUGCCAAUAGUCGAAUACAUAGUAUUUUUCAAACCGUUAACACCUUGUCUCCAGUUGUUUACUAGUUGUAUCUACGCAAAGCAAUAGCCGACGAGAAAUAUGCUUAAUGUUUAACAAAACCCAGCAGAAAAAAUACCGAUAGUUCGCGAAGUGUUUCACAUGGCUUAGAUCUUAGAGUUCUGAUUUUCAAAUGAUUUAGAAUUGUAAAUAUUCGAAAAAAAAAACUGGAAAACCUGCAGAGUCUCCGUCUUCUCCGUUAAGUCUGUAGGAAACAGAAACAAAGCAUUCACAGCCUUAGAAUUAGUUUGCUUGCAUGAGUUGUAACGAAAGUAACUGUUCUUUAGAAUAACAAAUACUAAUAAGAGAGUAGAUGAUAUACAUACGACCGAUAA